CGCAUCGUGCGGACCGACGUCGUCGUUCGCGUGCCACGUACCACACACACACACACACACACACACACUCACACAUGCGUGCGCGCGCACCACACACUGUCAUCCGCGAAAAUCCAACGCCCGCCGCCGCGAUAGUGAAUUAGUGAAACGCGUCACACGGGUCAGUGUUUUAAGUUCUGUUCGUCGCAUUUGUUUCGUUAAGAAAUUUUACGCGUGCGGAUCGUCCGAUAAAAUUUUCAAUUUUAAAAUAAUAAUUGUUGCGCUCGCGAAUUCGCCCGCCGUCGCCGCCGCCGUUAUCUCGUCCGCGCGCACCCCCGUGAGUUUGUGUGUAAGAUAAUCUCGGUUGCGCUCGUAGUUUUUCCUGUCGACCGCGACCCAGGUAUAAUAUUAAUCACGUUCUACUUACCUCUUUUCAAAAGUGUCGGUACCGUGCAAAAUCCGGCCGCGUUCCGUUGUCAUCAACAUUUUCGUGUGAACUUCGUCCCGGCUGAUGCCAGCCGACUCGACUUCAAUUCUACCGGAUCAAUGUUUGUAAAUAGACAACGGGUGGAUUUUUGAAGAAUUCUUCUACGAUAAAGUGGUUAUGCAAAGUGGUUUCAAAGAAUCUAGAAAAAUUUUAUCUGCAGUGUCGUACAUCGGUACACCAAAGUUGAUUCGAUAAGACGAAUAACAUAAGUGGAACAUCAAAAAUGGCCACGAACAUGGACGAACAUUUCAGAAUGCAUUCUCCAAUAGCCACGCAGUCUGUUUCCAUUGCGUUCAGCUGAAGUAGUAAUAUUAUGGACUCGGGAUUUAGCAACAUGCUGGAAAACACUAGGAAAUACUUCCAAGGAAUCCCUACGGAUGCGGCUUCCACCGCAGCAGCAGCAGCAGCGGCGGCGGCCGCCCAAUUGCACUUCCCGCCGCCUUUGCCUCCGUCGCACCAUCUGCACCACAACGGUGGUGGCGGUGGCCGGUCGUCGAUGAACUCAUCGUCGUCGUCAUCGUCAUCAUCGUCAGAACCAUCGUCGGCGGCGGCUACCGAUCGGUUCGCGGGCUAUCACCACCCACAUUUGCGGUACAAUUUUCAACCGUACUCGUCGCCGGGCCACUACCCGCGCACCGCCGUCGACCCCAAGCCUGCGGCAUUCCAACACCACCAUUUUCAGCCGCCGUCGACGCUUCAAUAUCACCAACAACAACAACAACAUCAGCAGCAGCUCCAUCAGCUGCCGCUCUCUGCGUCGUCGUCUUCGCCUCCGUCACCGUACAAGUCGCCGUAUACGUUGCAACCACUACCGCCGCCGCCACUGACUGUCAAACAACAGCAGCCGCCUCCGUCUCAAUUUAAGCCGAUGUCGAUCGCUCGAUCAUCGCCGCCUGCUGCGGCCACGGACAAACAGUAUUCGCCACCGAAACCACCGCAGUCGCCGUACGCGGUAGUGCCCAAACCGACGCCCGGCGCGCCGCAGCCCCAGUCGCCGUUUACCGCGCCCAAAGAACAGCAGCCGUCGGUGCCCGAGACACCGCCGCCUUCGCCGCAUUCUUCACACUACUACAACAGAACAUCGCACAGUGGCCUGCAACAACAGGCCAUCGACAGGGAUUACUUGCGGUUUAAGCCCAUUCAGACACCGCCGCCACCGCCCAAUAGGUUUCAACCGUUGGAGAAGCCAAAGUCCGAAGUGCCUGCGACCAGCGGGACUGGACUGCAAUCCUCACACCUGGCCAUCAGGUAUGAUCCGAAACUCGAGCAGCCCCGCAGCGGCGUCAGAGCGGUGCCCAUAGCUCAGGCUAAGCAACCGUCUUCGUCAUCAUCGUCAACAACGGCGGUACAGCACGACGUUAACCGGGUGAUCGUGCAGAAACCAGAACCAUUACGGUAUCAUCAGCAGCAACAGCAACAACAACAUCAGCUUAACAACAACCUUCCUCAUAGAUCAUCGUCGUCGUCUGACGACAAUCAUCAUCGCCAUCACAAACGACCGGCCUCGGUGCAGCCGUCGUACUUGGAUUCCAGACCGUUCCAAAUAAAAGCGUUCGAAGGCGGCGGUAACAACAACAGCAACGGCAGUAGUAGCAACGGCAGCAGCGGCAGUGGUCAGUCGUCGUCUACGUCGUCGUAUCACAGGCCAUUCGCCGUUGCACCACAACCACUGCCCCCGUCGUCGCAGUCCUCCCCCGCCAUUAUCGUAUCCAGCAUGGACCACCGCUGGACCGCGUUUGACGGCCGGGCGCCACCCGCGUUCCUGCAACAGUCAUCGUCGUCCUCAGCAGCGGCGGUCAUCAACGGUUACCAUCACCAUCACCACCGGCCGUCGCCGAUAUUGCCUUCAACUUCGUCGUCGCUUCCGACAACCGUGGUUACUCAGCACCAUCAACACCAUUCAUUGUCCAGACAACAGCAACAGUCGCAACAUUAUCCGCUCAACUUGCAAAAGCUCACACAGCCCGCUCGACCGGCCACUGCUGCCGGCCAAUUACAACAGCCGGUGAAAUUGGGCCAAGAAAACGGCACGAGCGCCGCGGCCAAACUGCGAUUCGAAACAACGAAACGCGAGUCUCCGCUGGACCUGUCGGUGAAAACCGUGUGUCGGUCUGCCGACUCAACCGACGACCGGUUAAAUCCGUUCGGGCACGACAUACCCAAAGUGAAUUUCAAACCGGACUUCAACAGGUCUCUACCGGCGACGGCUGCGGCGCCACCCCCGCCGACUUCAGUCGUUGUCGUCGGUGGCCAGCAGCACCAACAGCACAACAACGCGGCCACUGUCUAUAACCAUCACCAUCAUCAGUUCGCUGGUCAGAUGUCGCUCUCGCUUCCGCCACCGACGGCGCUACCACCGCCGCCAUCGACUCAGACCGUGGUCGUUGUGCAGUCGUCGCCUCAGCAACCGUUACCGUCUGCGGCGGCCGCCCCAACGACUCCGCUGCCACCGAUAGUGCGCCCACACCACCACCCCCACACCAACAAUACGGUGCCUUCGCUAUCGUCAGCAGACGAAGCUUGGCGGGCGGCCAUAGACAGGCAGAUCGAACAGAAAUUCAAUUCGUACACUUCGUCCAAGAAACAUCAUCCCCAUCCGCUACACCAGUAUCCUCAGAUCCUGCAGCACCAGCACCUGCACCAUCCUCCGAUUCCGUCGACUGCGAUGGAGCAACAUCAGCAGCAGCCGCCGGCUCAACCGCCACCGCCGCCACCACCGUCGCAGCAGCAACAGCCUCAGCAAGGUCCCGCACAGGCCGACAAAAGAGUGUUGGAGAUACUCAAGCAGAACAUAGAGGCGCGCGACCAGAAUAGCCGGCCGCAGAUUGCCGAGGCGCCGUCCACGCCGGCCAUGGUAUUUUCGACGCCCAUCCGAAAGGAACCGUCAACUACGCCCCUUAAGAAAACCGACUAUUACAUGGCCGAGCGCACGGCCGUCACGCCGUUCCCGAAAAAGGUUGACUACUAUAUGGACAGGGCAUAUUGCAACGCUCCGAGGAUCCGAACCAAAGCCGAGAGGAAACAGAUAUCUGCUGAAGGGUCGUCCAGUGGCACGAGAAUGAGCAGUCCAAUGGCUGCUGCCACAGCCAUAUCACCUCACCCAUUUUUGCCAUCAAAUAACAGCGUACCUCAAACAAAACAAGAACCGACACCGCUUACUCAAACUGAAGCAGUUAUAGAUCUCAAGCUAGAUAUCAAACGAGAACCGUCGCCCAUAAAAGAACCAGAUCUGAGUUUGUUAAAUAAAGAAGAAACUGUGAAAGAUGAAGAUGACGAGGACUUUUGGACGAAUACAUGCAAUUCAUUUGUGGUGCAGUUGGCUGAAACCCAGGAAAAGAAAAAAGUCAAAACGCCAGUCAAAAGGAAAUCGCCAAAAGAAUUACUACCACAACCGCCCAAAAGAAAGUACACAAAACGAAUAAAAAUCGAACCUAUUGCUGAAAUUGAUAAAGACAAUAAAUUAUCAGAUGUUCAAAAUGAGUCUAAAUCAAUUGAAGAAGUGAAGUUGGAAAAGUCAUCUGUCUUGGAAAAUAUUGUUAGCGAAGAAAAAACACAGAAAGACGCAGAACCUCCGGAUACGGACAAAGAAAAUAAAACAAAACUAAAAGACUCAGAAAAAAUUAUGGACGAUACUAAAGACAAAGAAGACAACGAGAAAAAAUCAGCUAAAGGAAAACCUAGAAGAAAACGACUCAUUAUUAAGCCAUUGAUUGCCAAAGUCAAGAAAAUAAAGAAAGAACAUAAGAAAGAGCUAAAAAUAAAAGAACUGAAAAAAGAAACGAAAAAAGAGGAAAAAAAAGAACUAAAAAAGGCAGAAAAGAAAGACAAAGACGCGGUUAAAAAAGAACAACUGCUAAAAUUGGAAAAGAAAGAGCAGGCAAUGACAACAAAAGAAGAGAAGAAAGGACUGAAAAAAGAAGAAAAACGCGAUCUCAAGAAGGAUCAACAACAAUUGGAUCACGGCAACAAGAAAGAUCUCAACAACAAAAAGGAGAGUAAAAAAUCUGAAGCCAACAGAAAAAAAGUUGUGGUAGAAAAAGAAAACCUGACAAAAAACAUAGAAAACACGUCGAGAAGAUCUGCCGCCGCAACAGCCAUCGAAGUAGCCGGCAAGUUUAAUCCUAGGCAGUCGUUGAGGCGAAAGAACUCUUUGAAAGACUAUACGUUCGCUUUUGACGAGUUAUUGGACGAUGCGUUUGCACAUUUCGAAACCGUCAAGAUACCGGUAAAGAGGAGAAGAAAGUGUGCAUCACCGUCGCCAACCCCUGCUCCAACAGUAGUUUCCGCUGCGGUUGGUCCUACACAGUUGGUCGCUGUCGUCAAGAAAACCAAAGAGAAGGACAAUGAAACGAUUCGGAUGCGGUUGCGGUCUCGAAACAGACCGUUGCUGGCUAAGCAGGAACCACAACAGGCUUCUUCCAAGAAAAAAGCCAACGUAAAAAACAAAAUCAUUCCAAAAAGGCGGCGUAAAAAGUCGCUUGGCGAGAAGUCUACUCAUACGGUCGUCGCAACUACGGAGGACUGGAAGGACGAGUUGUACAAGUUCAAGCGGUCGUUGCGCCUACCGUCCAAACUCAUAUCCGUAGUAUCACCGCCGACUGCCGGAGCCGUAGCCGCUGACCAGGUGUCGUUAACCUCCAUCAUGAACAUUCCGCCGCCGCCAAAGCCGGUCAAGGAAUCUAAAGCGGCUAAAUUGGCGGCGUGCCAAUCGUUACAGGCAGGAGGGCCCGGUGGAGUAUCAGGCAAGAACAAGCCGAAACGGUUGGGUGGCCAUAUGUUUGGUCGCCGGGACGUUAUGUUUAAGGGACGACGUAUGAUGAAGCGUGAAAAGAUUGUGUCCGCGGAAAAGUUAAUGCAGCGGAACUUGCGGAAGAGACGGCAACGCGAAGACGAGGUGAUGAAAAAAGAGUGUGCCGGCGAAGAGGCCAUCGCGUCACAUUUUGACGACGAAGACGAGGAGGAAGCGCAUGCCGAAGAAGAGGAUGAAGAAGACGAUGAUAGUGGUGCUGCUGGUACUCGAGGUAGUGGUGUAAAACCACCGGCGCGUAUGUUAUUCAAACGAAAGUUAAUGCGCAAAAAGUUUCGAUCGGGGUUCGACUACAUCAAGAAAAAGAAAAAGAAGGAACCGUUGUCGGACAAAAAACCCGCUACUGUAGCGACCACCACUGUCGCCUCCACCUCCAUUCCGCCAAGUGCGCCGCGUUAUGUGUCGGAAAUCCACGCCGAAAUCAAAGGAUGGAUAGUCAACAAAGGACAUGGCGAGACAGUACUCCACCGGGCCGCCAGACUAGGCGUCGAUGAUGUCGUGGGUUAUUGUAUUGAAAAACUCGAAUACGCUCCAUCGGUGGCUGACAACGCGGGCUACACGCCGUUGCACGAAGCGUGUUCACAGGGCCAUUAUCACAUCGCCAAGUUGUUGCUUCUGUUCGGGGCAGAUGUCAGCGCCAGCGCUCAAGGAGGCAUACGGCCCCUACAUGAAGCUGUAGAAAAUGGAGAUGUACACCUGGUGCGUCUUUUACUCAGUUAUGGGGCCGACCCGCAUUUGGCCACGUACUCGGGACAAUCGCCACUGUCUUUGGCCACAGAUAAACAGACCAGAAUGCUACUAGAACAUCAUGUCAACGACGUCCAAGGUUAUGGCAGUGCGUCCGUGUGGAAUUUUGAUGACUCUACACUGACCCACGAACCCGAGGACGUAGACCGGCUUCUGUGGUGUCUUCCGCCGGCCCCAUCACCGGUGCCGGGCGACGAAGAUCCGUCGUUCGAAUUCGAGUUCGCUGAUCAAUCGUUGCCGGACGUUUACAAACUGUCAUCCGACGAGAGUGCUGACAAUCGCACGGACGACGACGAUUGGGUGUUGUUCGCGGACGUUUCGACGGCGCUGUCAGUGAAGACGGUCGACGCGCUUGUUAAACUUUUGGACGACGAAAAUGCCGUAACGGCAGUUCCGGCGGACCGGUUCAAGGAACGCGCGGUGCUCCGGAAGUCGUUGGGUCGACAACCGGUCGCGGUGCCAUCCGCCACCGCAGCCAACAGAUCUGGCGCCGCCGAACGUCCGGCCAAAGACGACAACAGCGGCUCUGUGGCCGCGAAGGAAGCCUCUUUCUCCUCCACGCCGUCCACAUCAGCCUCCGCCAUCGUAUCCACUUCCUCCACGACUACAUCAAUCUCCACCACUGCUACUACGGCAAGUACUACCUCCGCCGUAUCCUCCUCCACACUGACAUCAGGUGGUGAACAAAUACUCUUUGUCCGUUACGACCGUAAACUCAAACAACUGUUAGGCGUGGAUGUGUACACAGUAAGUUGACGUUGUCGUCAGCAUUACCAUCAUCAGUAGACGGCUGUGCGCACACAGGACGAGUUACCGUGUUGUUGUUUUUAUUAUUAUUAUUUUUUUUUAAUUUUUUUUUUUACUACUAAAUUUAGGAAUUGCCAUUUGACAUAUUUUUCGACUUUAUGUUUAAGCAACAUUUCUUUUUGUACUUAAAUAAGUUACCCAAAUGUUUUUUUUUUAUUAUUUCUUAUGACGCAUUUUGAACAAGUUAAAAAAAAGUUGACAAUUUAUGUUUUGGUUGGUUAGUUUUUAAAAUUGAACACAUCAACCAAACCAGCAGACGUGUUUAGUAUUAUUUAAAAAAAAUAUAUAUAUAAUUUUGUUAUUUUAAAUGAUUUUGGUAUACCUCUUUGUUAAUG